GAAGUUGAGAGAGCAUAUAUCUGUCGCGUGACAGUGUGAUCUGGGAUCAACCGACUUAAAUAUAAAGAAGUAAAAGGCCUUGUCAAUUAACGGUGUUAUCUUCAAUAUAGACCACAUUAGUUGAACUUGGCUAUAAUAAAAUUUGAUGCACUCGGACCGUAAAACAUAACUACAUUUAUGGAGUGGAUAGGCAAGAAAUGGCAUGGAUAUAUUUUAGAAGAAAAGAGAAAAUUAUUAGGCUGCUAACUAUUUAUUUCACUCUAGCAUCUCGGUAACAGCUCCGGAUUAAUUUAAAAACAAGAAUGACUGUGCCAGAGGACCGGGAUUCAAACGGAAGCAGGGAUGGUGGAAAAAUUAUCCCCGAAGACGCGGAUGGCAGGGAAAGUGAAAUGUUGAUAAGUGCUAAAAAUAGUCAAUCUGAAAAUAUUGAAACUGAAAAACAAAAUGGGAGUCCAGCUGUUGCGAGCUUAGUAACAGAAUCUCAAGAGAAACGUGUCGAGUUCGAACUUCAGGAAACGGACAAAAAAGAUGACAGUAAAGAGACGAAGCCGGAAGAGGCUGCAUUAAUAUCCAUAGAAAUGUCCCAGCAGGCAAGCUGGAUGCCGGAUGGGGGGUGGGGUUGGGCUGUUGUGAUUGGAGGUGUCAUUGUGCACAUUUAUGUAGGUGGCUUGAUGAAGGCGAGCGGCGUUAUGUACAUGAAACUGAAGGACAAAUUCAACCAGAGUGCCGUGGCUACAGCUUGGGUCUUCUCAUUGUUCACUACAUUUUUACUCAUUAUGGGACCAGUAGCAAGUGCCUUAUGUCACCGCUUUUCGUGUCGAAGUGUCGUAUUCUGGGGGAGCAUCCUGUGUUUUAUAGGACUUCUUAUUUCUGCCUUUGCCCCAAACCUGGAAUUUCUCUACUUCAGUUACUGUGUGGUAGGCGGGUUUGGUCGGUGUUUAACCUACACACCGAGUCUCAUACUUGUUAACAACUACUUUAACAAACGACGUGGCCUUGCCGUCGGUAUAACCACCGCCGGCGUCGGGCUAGGAAUGUUCACGUUCCCUCCACUUAUUGAGGGUAUAUUUGGUCAUUAUGGUUACCAGGGUGCGAUGCUUUUGUUGUCGGCCAUCAGUCUACAGACGUUUGUUUGUGCAGCUCUGUUCAGACCAAAGGAUCUACAUCAGAAGAUCUCCAAAACUCAGCGAAUAAAUGAUCUGGUAAAAAUGGCACGUCGUGGAAGUGUUGAUGCGAAAAUGAUUGUUCAGCAGUUUAAUCCACCAAAGCCGCGAAAUAAACAAUUUGACAUUGUUAAGGGCGACAAUACGUGGCAUGGAAGCAGUGAAUUUUCCUCUACAUUAGAAUUCACGUACAUACCGGAACCACCGACGAGAAGAAGAUCCGUAUUCUUUGACAAAAUGUCGCAAGUUAAACAAGUUUUUAGAAGCACACCGACGGAAGAGCGUAAACCGUUUCUAGAAUUGUCUCUCCUGAAAGACUUUCCGUUUUUGACUCUAUGUUUGUCAGUUUUAUUGUUUACGUCGUCCAUGAUGUCUGUUUUUGUGUUUUUCCCGCCUCUUGCAAGAUCAAAAGGCGUGUCUCAGAUGCAGUCAUCAUUCCUCGUGUCAAUAAUUGGCGCCAGUGACUCCGUCGCUCGUUUUACUUCCGGUGUCGUUUUGGACAUGAAAAAGAUAAAACCAUACCGGUUGUUAGUAUAUAAUGGCGUCAUGUUUGGGGUUGGAAUCGUAUGUAUGAUUAUGCCAUCCAUAGAAGGAUUUGGGGGGUUCGCAGCAAUUGCGGCAUGCUAUGGUAUUUUUACGGGUACUUACGUUGCACAGAAAUCUGUAGUCGUGGUGGAUGUUUUAGGCUUGGAGAAAAUGACAAGUUCAUUCGGAUUACUUCUUGGAUUUCAAGGAAUUGGAUCGCUUGUUGGUCCGACGGUCUCAGGACUAUUUCGGGACAUUUUUGGCUCGUACAAUGAAGCAUUUUAUUUCGGUGGAUUGGGGAUAUUUUUUGGCGGCUUAGUUUUAAUGUGCGGUAAUACAUGGAAAAUCAUCAGAGACAGACGUGCAAAACGAAAGGAGAAGAAAACAGACACAGCUGAUGUUUAAUAUGUAAUGUGAUGUUGAAAUGUUAUAAACAGUAAACAUAAAAUUGUUUGUGUACAUUUCUUACAUGCUAGUGUUGUCUAUGAGUGAAAAUGAUUAUUCUACACAUAUAUGCGUGCAUUAAUUCUAGGUGGACCUUCGUUCUUCAAAAUUUUAAAAACUUUCUUGCAGCAACUCAGAGGUCCUAAAAAGACGUGACCAGCUUCAGGUAUGGUGUUGGCGAUAUGAUAAACAUUAUAAUGCAUUUUCGACACUUACGUUGUAGUAAAUAAUUAAAGGAAACAUAGACAUCAGAAAUGACACAGAGGUAGUGAUUAAGAUAAUGGACCCUUACUGAUGACGUAGUUUUGUCAAAUUUUCGGCAUCCGUUGGUACUAACAUAUAUUUUUUAAUAGCUACCGGAAAGUGUCGAAAACUCGUACGAAGAGAAUAUGUCGUCAAGCGGAAAAUGUCGACCAUUACCGUAAAAUAAGUGCUGUGAUAAUUCUAUAAUUACUCGUUCUAAAGGCUAUUUUAUUGAACUCGUAUAAGAUUUUAACACAGUGAAACAUCUAAAGAGCAACUUUUCUGCGAUGUCUGAAAUUUACUGAUUGUACAGAUGCUGAUUCGCUGGAGAGCAUGUUUCGACUUUUGAAAGUUGUUUUUGUAAGGGGAAUGGCAGUCUGUAAAAUACCUUGACCCAAUUGGCGUAGCAAUUUCCGAGGUCACAACGAUUUCUACAUUAAUCAAGGAGUCGGUAUCGCAGCGGUUAGCUGGUUCGACUACUGUUCUAGCGACCAGGAUUCGAUUCCCGGUUGCAGCUGAUAUCUUGCGUUCAGUGCUUGGCGAUUUAUUUAAUCGGUACUCUUUCCUGAAGAAUAGGCCUUAACCGAACUCUUGCUACCAGUAGGAAAAUGUGACACUUGGGACUUUAACAACAGAAAGUAUUUGUGGUGACGUUCUCUAUUCUAACAAUCGCGGUAUUUUUAUCAUUCGGUACGGAAGCUUUGAGGUCACAAGGUUUUGUUUUAUCUCGUGACAACCAGAUACUAAGUCAUUCUCAUGAGUUAAUAUUUCGAAGCUACGAGACAAAAACGCAUUUAUCAUCCCUAAUCAUAAAUGUAAUAACCUUCCUGAGCAUACAUUUGAAAUAUCUAUUCUUAUGCCCGUUGUCUUUUUGAAAAAAUGUGUCAUGACCUUUUGAAACAACGCCGUAGUUUUAAUUUCAAAAUCCGAAAGCGGACAAAAGAAGACAUUUUUUUCAUUACCCACGUUUGUAAAUGUACACUUGCGGAUUUUAAAGAUUAACCACACUGAAACAGAAGUUGAAAUGCAAAAUCCAGCUAUGCCCCAUAAUGUGUAAAUUGAAAGCGUUGUUCCUAGGAGUUUUGACGGGGGACGGAUGUCUGUAAAACUAUCCCUAUUUCAUGCAAUAUUUAUCCGAUCCGUGGGCCGUUUGAAAGCUACACUAAGUACCUGUGGAUUUGAAGCAAGUAGCAGAAUCUGUCAAUUUUGGUUGUCUAGAGGUACAACGAUUGCGCGAAGAGAAAUAAUUGUUAAAAUAAUUAGGUUCACGAAUACGAAAAUGUCAUUGCUUUAAUUAUAAUACCAUUAUCACAACUAAAUAACUUA